UCUACAGCCCACUUGAGAGCCUGCUGCACCUCACUUCACCUUUCCAACCCGCAUCGGUGAGGCACGCGAGAAGAUGAGUGGCCCCCGCUCGUCGGCGGCGCCGCCGCUGGACGACGACGACCUGCUCGCCGAGAUCCUCCUCCGCCUCCCCCCGCAGCCAUCAUCCCUCCCCCGCGCCUCCACCGUCUGCAAGUUCUGGCGCAGCCUCGCCUCCGACCCCUGCUUCUCCCGCCGCUUCCGCGCGCACCACCGCCGAAACCCUCCCCUCCUCGGCUGCCUCGUCCAUGAUUUUUGCCAGGUUCGCUUCCAGCCUACCCUGGAGCGCCCCAAUCGCGUCCCGCUAUCCAGCUUCCCCGUCCCAAUCGCCGCCGGCGGCCGCUUCCGGAUCCUCGGAUGCCGCCAUGGCCUCGUACUCAUCUUGCACGACUCACAGAAGCAGCUCCUGGUGUGGGACCCCGUCACCGGUGACCAGCACAGCCUGGACAUUCCCCGGGGGUUCGCCGAGAAAACCUGGAUCCAUGCGGCGGUGCGUCGUGCUCCCAGAGAUUUCCACCAUUUCCAGGUGGUCUUGGUAGGCAACAGCGACAUUCAAAGUACACAAGCGGUAGCCUCUGUUUACUUGUCAGUGACCGGUGUAUGGGACAAUCUCGUCUCAACACCGCUUCCACCAGAGGAUUCUGGUUUUCCCACCAUGGUUUACACGGGCAUGCCUGCUGUGAUGGUUGGGGGUUCCUUUUAUUGGUUGCUUUAUGGGAAUUCACAAGGAAUCCUUGAAUUUGAUUUGGAUAAGCGGAGCCUAGCUUUAAUACCCAUUCCAGUGGGGAACGCUCGAGACAUGAGUGUAGGCAAUAUUUGGGUUAUACCGGCAGAGGGUAGUGGCCUUGGUUUCCUCUUCCUGAGAGGCUUUUGUGCCCAAUUAUGGAAGAUGAAGACCGAUUGCAAGGGUGUUUCUUCAUGGGUGCUGGGAAGAAGCAUUGAUCUCAACAAGUUACUUUCCUUGAAUUCAGAGAUGGAGAUAGGGUACCCAUCGAUAGUAGGGUUUGCCGAGGGCAAUAAUGUGGUGCUUCUAUGGAUGUCUGCCGGAGUCUUCAUGGUUCAGUUUGAAUCAUUGCAGUUCAAGAAACUUUUUGAAUCCCAUGAGUGGUGUUGCUUUUAUCCACUUGAAGGUGUCUAUACUGCAGGCACAGACAUUGGUGGUGGAAACGAUGAAGCUAAACUUUUGCACAAUACAUGAUAUGAUUUAUCCGGAUAGACAUGUGGAUGAGAUAUAUUGAUUGAGCAGGUAUCAAGAGUUAGGUUUCAUCGUCAGAGAUGAAUAAAUGGAUUAUGUAAUGUAUGUUCUUCCAUUCUGUAUGGUGUGCAUGGGGCCUGUGAUGUGCUCCUCCACAAGGGAGAUGACCUUGCAUAUAUAUCAUGCACCGUCAAAUGUGAUGUGAACCUGUAGGAAUUAUCAUGCCGUGGUCAACUGUAACUUGGAAUUGACCUUUAGGCUGUGAACUGCGGUCUAUUAUCCGAUUUCCGUAGGCAAUAUUCCUUCUGGCAUCAAGAGAAAUUAGCAUGUUUCAGUUAUUAGUGUCGGCCCUGUGACUGAAUAUUGGAGUUGCCUGAGCUAUUUUGUGUGUGCACUUUUUUUUAGCCUCCCAUGCUCACGUCCCACAAAAACUCUGCUUGUGUGUCUGAAUUUGUUUUCCAAAAAGAUAUUAUUGCUCCCGGGACGCUUUUACUAGUUGAAUUAAUUAACUUGCGCCUAUUCAGUAGCAAUGCCACUGGGAGCCUGGUUUAUCUUCUUCUUUCUAUGGGAUAUGGUGAAGUCUUUCAUGGGUCAAUUGGCUAACAUCUGAAUUUGAAUUUUUUUCAUGGGUUGAUCUCUUAAGUAACAAAUGAAACAUACGAAUGAUGCAUGCCUGCGAGUUUCUGUGUUCUCUCGGGAACAUGGUGUGUUGCUCCUUUCGACUAGGGAAUGGAUGAACCUUCUUUUUUCUUGGAGAAAAAAAAUAGUGAAUCUUGCACCGUAGAAUCCUCUCUUUUGACUAGGGAUGGAAUGCAUUUUUUUAAUUUUUCGUUCUUUCUUAUUUUAGGAAAACAAGAGUGAACCACUAUACGUAUGGUUUCGGUGAAAUCAGAAACUAAAAAAGGUUUAAUGAAAGGAAAACUAUACAUUUGAUUUUUGGACUCAACUACAAAUCUGACUUCAGAUUCUUUACCAUGGCAAAUCAAACAUUUUCUUAUGGCCAUUUAUGUGUGCUGAGGAUGGCAAGCUUGGCAAAUCUGCCUCGGUUUUUCUUAUCAGAAAAUUGCCGUGCUUGCAAACUAAAUUUGUCAUCCUCACGCCAACAUAAAUUGCCAUAAAAAAUGUUUAAUUUGACAUACUUCAAAAUCUGACGUUGGAUUUUUGGCAUUACCUAUGAUUUUUUUAGAGCAACAAUACAAAUAUGAAUCUCCCGGCAAAAAUAAAAUAAAUAAAACAAUACAAAUAUGAAUCUGUCUGCGGUGGGCUUUCUCUCGUUCUCUCGAAAAUGAAAUAAAGAAUUUUGGGCUUCAGUCUCACUCAUGGGCUUUAUUAGGUCACCUGCACCUCACACUCCAGUCCACUACUCCACAUCGUGCCUGCUGCUCCACUCCACCCUAAGCCGCCGCCGCCGCCGCCGCCGCCGAUCUGCGGUGGUGGGGCCGAUGGACGGCGACAACCUGCUCCGUCGCUCGCAGCCGGCGGGGCCGCUGGACGACGGCAACCUGCUUGCGGAGAUCCUCCUCCGCCUUCCCCCGCAGCCCUCAUCCCUGCCCCGCGCAUCCCUCGUCUGCCACCGCUGGCGCCACCUCGUCUCCGACAACGGCUUCCUCCGCCGCUUCCGCCUCCACCACCGACGCAACCCUCCCCUCCUCGGCUGCUUCAGUGAACGCCGCCUAGAGUUAUCUUUCAUGCCUAUGCUUGAGGCCCCCAAUCGCAUCCCCGCCGGGCGCUUCUCCUUGCAGCUCGACGACAUCAGACCAGCACCUGCUGCACAAGGGGGCGGAUUAGUUAUGCCUGACAAAGGUUUCAGCGUCCUCGGAUGUCGCCAUGGCCUGGUCCUAAUCUCCAUUCCAUCGUGGAAUCAGGUCCUGAUCUGGGACCCCGUCACCGGCGACCAGCACCGGAUUGCCCUUCCCCUGGGGUUCGAUGCAAAGAAAACCUAUAUCACCGGGGCGGUGCUCCGGUCCGCUGCCGGAGACGUCCACCACUUCCAGGUAGUCGUGGUAUGCAACGACAUUCAACAUACACGAGUGGUUGCCUGUGUCUACUCGUCGGAGACAGAUGAAUGGGGCAUGGGCAUUUGCGGUGGACAUGGUGGAGCUGAACAUCUGCACAACGCAUAAGAUCAUUUGUCUGGAUAGACGUGCUAUCAUGAUGGACGGAGUGAGCAGUUCAACAAGUAGAAUAUCUUGGACAUGUGAUUUCUGCAGAGGGAGUAGCAACUGACCCACAAAAAAUCAAAGCUAUUGCUGAAUGGCCAACACCUGGAAAUGUGACAAAGUUGAGAAGCUUCUUAGGACUGGCAGGUUACUACAGAAGAUUUAUUAAAGGAUAUGGGACUAUAUGCAGACCUUUGCAUGAUUUGUUGAAGAAAGGUCAAUUUGCUUGGAAAGAGGAACAUGACAAAGCUUUUAGUCAACUUCAACAAGCUCUAAUCACAACUCCAGUCUUGGCUCUGCCUGAUUUUUCUAAGCCCUUCAUACUAGAGACUGAUGCUUCUGGAAAAGGUAUAGGAGCAGUACUGAUGCAACAAGGCAGGCCUUUAGCUUAUUACAGCUCCUCCCUGUGUCCUAGAAAUGCUGCUCUCUCUACCUAGAGGCUUUAGCUAUUUUAGAAGCACUUAAGAAAUGGAGGCACUAUCUAAUAGGCAAUGAGCUGAUCAUUAAAACUGAUCAACAAUCUCUCAAAUUUAUCACCGAUCAGAAGAUCACUGAAGGAGUUCAGCACAAGUUAAUGAUGAAAUUGUUGGAGUUCAAUUUCAAGAUGCAGUACAAAAAGAGUGUACAAAACAAAGUAGCAGAUGCCCUCUCCAGGUUGCUUCCAUCCUGCAUGACCAUCUUUGCAGUUACCCCAGUGUGGGCACAAGAGCUGGUGGACAGCUAUCCUAAAGAUCAGGUCACUAAAAAUCUCCUAGAGCAACUGUUGCUGCAGCCUAAUAACACCAUGUCUGACUAUAAAUUGACAGCUGGUAUUAUAAGGUAUGAAGGAAGAAUCAUGGUAGGAGAUGUGGCUGACUUGAGAAACAAACUUAUCACUGCUCGACACAGCUCUCCAGUUGGUGGACAUUCAGGCACAAGAGCCACAUAUCAAAGAGUGAAAAGCAUAUUUUAUUGGCCUGGUCUGAAAUCAGUUGUGGAAAUUCUCAUUGCAGCAUGUCCUAUCUGUCAAAGGGCCAAGCAUGAAAAUUGUCUGCAACCUGGUUUAUUGGAACCUCUCCCUAUGGCUGACUUGGCAGCAUGUCUCUAUGGAUUUCAUAGAAGGACUUCCUAACUCUCAAGGCGAAGAGGUAAUUUUGGUGGUAGUGGACAGAUUCACUAGAUAUGCCCAUUUUAUUCCACUGUCACAUCCUUACAUAGAUCUGAGUGUGGCUCAAGCAUUUGUAGACAACAUCAUAAGAUUGCAUGGACCACCCAAACUUAUCAUAUCCGACAGAGAUAGAAUUUUCACUAGUAAAUUGUGGAAAGAUAUCUUUGCUGCUCUUAGUAAUGAAUUGAGGUACAGCACUGCUUAUCAUCCUCAAACAGAUGGCCAAACAAAACGAGUUAAUCAGUGUUUGGAAACUUAUCUAAGGUGCAUGACUACUGAUCAACCAAAGAAAUGGUCUUCCUGGCUGUCACUAGCUGAAUUCUGGUACAAUACAACUUAUCACAUUGCUUUGAAGAUGUCUCCCUUUCAAGCUUUAUAUGGUUUUGCCCCACCACUAAUUUCUGAGCUGGCUAUACCUGGCCCUGAGGAUGAAGAAGCACAUUCCUUCCUAACAGGUAAACAAAUCAUGUUGGAACAAUUAAAAUCCAACUUACAACAAGCUUAGAACAGGAUGAAGAAGUAUGCAGAUCUUAAGCGUAGUGUAAGAGUGUUUGAAGUGGGAGAUCUGGUAUAUCUUAAAAUGGCUCCUUACAGACUUGCAGCAUUUGGAUUUAGAGGGGCUUUAAAACUCCAAAACAAGUUUUAUGGUCCAUUUGCAAUCAUCCAGAAAGUGGGCAAAGUGGCUUACAAGUUGCAGUUUCCUGAUCAUGUCCAAAUUCACCCUGUUUUUCAUGUUAGUCAGUUGAAGAAGCACAUCGGUUCAAAAUCCAUACCCAGUCGUAAUCUACCAAUGGUCACGGCUGAUGGCAGUGUCAAAACGGGUCCUGCAACGGUGCUUCAAGUCAGACAAGUUCCUAGGCACAAUUUGCCUGUGGUACAGUGGUACAUUCAGUGGGAAAAUCUACCACCAGAAGAUGCCACUUGGGAAGAUGCAGAUUUCAUCAAAUACACAUUUCCUGAGUUCUUUCGGACAACCACACAAGAAUGGAGAGAUUAAGAACAAGCGCCAUGAGGACAUGUCGUUUCUCAAGAGAGGGGUAAUGUCAGGACAGAGGUGUAUGAUAUUCAGUUAACCGUGAGAUUCAGAGAAGGGGGUGUAGCGAAUCCGGCAAUACCGCUUCAGACAGUGAGUGACCACGAUGGCUCCUGGACAGAUCGCCACCGGUGGAUCUCAACCACUUUACUGUAGCGUUUCCUUCUUAUUUUCAGUACUGGCAUUAGCUGUCAUUGGCCAGCCUAUAAAACAGCCGGGUUGUGGCUGGAGGAUCAUUAUCGAAUUCCUAACUUGCUUGCUGGCUACGGCUUGUAAACAUACACUAUACUUUCCCCUUUACUUCAAUACAGCUGAGAUCUAGAUCCACUACAAACAAAUUCUACCAAAAAUCGCUAGCAAGUCCUUCUUCAGGUCCUCGGGGUCUGACACUGAAGUGCACCGUCCCGACCACCACCGGAGCCGCCGCUUCCCCCACAUGAAGGUGCGUCGGCGAGCUAGGCUGUGAUGGCGCGACGCCAUCGCGCACACGAUCAGAUCACGCGGCCGCAAGCACACCACACUCUGGAGAAAAUGCCUCACCAUCACAGUCCUUGAAAGCGGCACAUGCUUUCUCGCCGGCUUGCUUAGGUGACGGCGGGGUGCAGAGGGGGAAGUGGAGGUGGCGGCUAGGGUUGCCGUCACUACCCGAGUUGUCCGUGGGAGCAUCCUUUUUUCUGCCUUUUUGCAGAUUUCCCUGGGAGAAGAGAUUUUGUGCAGCCUUUGACACUAUUUCCCAAACCGCAAGCUAAUGCUGAGUACUGGUUCAGCAUAUAAAAUGGUGAGGGAAGUAUAAACUACUCCAUACUAAUCUUUUAGCUUCUGCUGAGACCAUAUGUAACAAAAAACUUGAUAAUGUGCUAACAGUAGGAGUUGUGUGCCACUACCUAUUGACUGGCAUCCUAUUGGUGCUCUCUGUUUAGUCCAGUAAUACUGAGCUGAUUCAACCUUUGAGCUAUUGGCACAAUUUUGAUGUUUGCAGCUAAUUCUUGCUGGUUGAAUCAUACUGAAUAUGUAAGAUAAAUUUGACCCUUUUUUGCAUGAAUGAAUAUUGCAAUCCGGUUUAGCUAACAAAGU